AUGGAACCAAGGGUGCGUUAUGACAUUGUGAUGCCUCCUGGAACCAAGAGAGAGACCAUGGUGACACCAAUGAACCUCAUGGAACCAAAAGUCCAUUGUGACAGAUCAAGACCUCAUGGAACCAAAAAGAACAUUUUGACACUGUGGGGCCCCAUGGACGCAAAUCUCCAUCGUGACAGUCUGGAACCUCAUGGAACCAAGGGGCCUUUUGGAAACUGCAAAGCCUCAGGGAACCAAGGGAGUCCAAAGGUCUCAAAUAUUCCUUACAGGGUUCUGCCUUUGGAAUUUCAUGCCAAGAAACAGCAAAAGUCCAACAGCAGCUCCAUCAGGCACUUCCUCCUGCUGGCAUUGGCAGACACGCAGCAGCUGCAGCUCCUGUCCUUCUGCCUCUUCCUGGGCAUCUCCCUGGCUGCCCUCCUGGCCAACAGCCUCAUCAUCAGCGCUGUAGCCUGCGGCCACCACCUGCACACCCCCAUGUUCUUCUUCCUGCUCAACCUGGCCCUCAGCGACCUGGGCUCCAUCUGCACCACUGUCCCCAAAGCCAUGCACAAUUCCCUCUGGGACACCAGCAACAUCUCCUACUUGGCAUGUGCUGCACAGGUGUGUCUUUUUAUCUUCUUCAUAGGUGCAGAGUUUUCCCUCCUGACCAUCAUGUGCUACGACCGCUACGUGUCCAUCUGCAAACCCCUGCACUACGGGACCCUCCUGGGCAGCAGAGCUUGUGCCCACAUGGCAGCAGCUGCCUGGCCCAGUGGCUUUCUCAAUGCUCUGAUGCACACAGCCAAUACAUUUUCCCUGCCCCUGUGCCAGGGCAAUGCCCUGGGCCAGUUCUUCUGUGAAAUCCCCCAGAUCCUCCAACUCUCCUGCUCGCACUCCUACCUCAGGGAACUUGGGCUUCUUGCUAUUACUGUCUCUUUGGCUUCUGUGUGCUUUCUGUUCAUUGUUUUCUCUUAUGUGCAGAUCUUCAGGGCUGUGCUGAGGAUCCCCUCUGAGCAGGGACGGCACAAAGCCUUUUCCACCUGCCUCCCUCACCUGGUCGUAGUCUCUCUGUUCCUCAGCACUGGGAUAUUUGCAUACCUGAAGCCCCCCUCCAUCUCCUCCCCAUCCCUGGAUCUGUCCCUGUCAGUUCUGUACUCAGUGGUGCCUCCAGCCCUGAACCCCCUCAUCUACAGCCUGAGGAACCAGGAGCUCAAGGAUGCCCUGAGGAAAAUCAUCCCGAAUGCUUUUCAGAAGCAAUAAAUUCUCAUUCUCCUUUAUAGCUCCUACGAUGUUACUCAUCAAUGCCCACUCUGUGUCCUGCUUUUUUUUUUUUUCUGCUAGCGCAGGUAAUACCUUGUUGAGUAUUUGUUAACAGGAAAAUCUUUGUCUGUACCACUUGUAACUAAGUAUUCGCCCUUCUAGUGUGAAUUUCAGACUAUAUCAACCCAGAGCUCUACUACAUAUGCAGUUACACAAAAUAAAGAACUCUCUAUUGCCAUGUUUGCCGUGACAUCUUUACUUCCCGACUACUCUGGAGCUGCAGGGUCAGUGCCUCAAGGCAGAGGUGGGGAGAAAAUGGAACCCCAGUGCUCCUCAGUGCCA